AUGAACCAAUCCACACGCGAGCCUGCAGCUCCCUCCGACACCUCUCUUGCGCAGCAACCAUCCAAAAACUUCUCGAACCUUCCCGACCUCGAAGACUUCUCUGCCUUCUUCACCUUUCCCGCGCAUUCCCCCCCGACCAUCCACCCAAUGUCGAAGCGUGUAGAUCGACAAGAAAUUGACCCCAACGCGAGCUUUUCCCUCUCACACAACCACCCAUCGACCACUGACACGUCGACUCUCAAGUCGGAGAUUCCUUCGCCAGCCAGCGCCCGCAACAAGAGACGCGCCCCGGGUCCGGCGACGGCGACGAAUCCUUCUUCUUCCUUCAACAUGCAGUCGGGUUCAUCGAUUGCAGGACCUUCUUCGGCGGGCUUGGAUGACCCCAACAUGCCCUCGUCGAUGGCACCACCGGCUAAAAAGAGUCGCACCAAUACUCCCUGGACACCUGCCGAAGAGCAGAGAUUGAAGAACAUGAGAGAUGCAGGUAACAGCUGGGCGGAUAUCGCAAAGACGUUCCCAGCACGCACCGAAGGUAGUGUGAAGAAACACUGGUAUAAGGACAUGCAUUACGCGGAAUUCGCGGAAGAUGAGAGUCAGGCUUUGCUCGCGGCCAUCAAGGAUUACGAGGCGAAUAAGUGGAAGGCGAUUGGGCAGAAGGUUGGGAAACCCGCUAAGGCCUGCGAACAAUACGCAAAAGAUAAUUUUGGUGGUAAAAUAUAA